AUGAGUGACUGGAAACAAGAGGCCGAGUCUGCCGCUUGGAACGGCGGUGGUGACGAUGCAGGAGGUGCAUGGAAUGAAGGAGGAGACUUUGACGCUGGUGACUCCAACAUGGCCGCUGGGGGCGAUGGCGGAAAUGCAAAUGGUGAUACCUGCCGCAACUGUGGACAGGAAGGCCAUUUCGCACGCGAAUGUCCGGAACCAAGAAAGCCUACCGGAGCCUGUUUCAAUUGUGGUCAAGAAGGUCAUAACAAGGUCGACUGUCCAAACCCUCGCGUCUUCACAGGAACUUGCCGCAUCUGCCAGAAGGAAGGACAUCCUGCUGUUGAUUGCCCGGACCAGCCACCGGACCUCUGCAAAAACUGCAAGUCUGAAGGCCACAAAACCAUCGAAUGUACUCAGAACCGCAAGUUUGAGAAGCAUGAUAUUCCUGACAAGCUCCCAGAGGAGGCUUUGGAAAUUUUGAAGAAAGCUAGCAAGGAGAGAGACUUAGAAGAUUUCCGUGAAGGCUUGAAAAUUUACAGCAAGGCGGUUCCCAUGGCCACGUAUGAUGAUAUUGAGAGGCUUCUGCGUCAAGAAAAGCUCAACAUCUACUUGAUUGGACUUGAGCGCGAGAUUGGCGAUUGCCACACCAUCGUGAACCUCCAAGGAAAGCUGAACUGCAAGUAUGUCGUUGGCCUCUACUUCAGUGACAAGCCUCAACGUAUCAACCUUAAGGAACGCUGGCCUGCUACUCCCGAGGAGAACCUCGAACGUCUUGCUGAGGCUGGCUUCCCUCUCGAUCGCCAGAUCCCCAAAUGUUCCAACUGCAGCCAAAUGGGUCACAUCAUGAAGAACUGCAAGGAAGAGCUCUCUGUCAUCGAGCGUGUGGAAGUCAAAUGUGUCAACUGCAAGCAGCCUGGCCAUCGUGCUCGUGACUGCAAAGAAGCACGUGUUGAUAGAUUUGCUUGUCGUAACUGCGGACAAGGUGGCCAUCGUUCUUCUGAGUGCACUGAGCCUCGCUCUGCUGAAGGUGUUGAAUGCAAGCGCUGCAAUGAAGUUGGUCAUUUCGCCAAGGACUGCCCUCAGGGAGGUGGUUCGCGUGCCUGCCGCAAUUGCGGUAACGAGGACCACAUUGCCAAAGACUGUGACCAGCCUCGCAACAUGGCAACCGUGACCUGCCGAAACUGCGAAGAGAUGGGUCACUUUAGUCGCGACUGCACCAAGAAAAAGGACUGGAUGGGCCACACCAUCCGACGCUGCACCCAACCCGUCGAGGACGCCAACGACGAUAUCGGCGGCUACAACAACGGCCCAGCCACUGGAGGAACCGUCAUGGAACCCGAAAGCGCUUGGGGUGGGGGCGGAGAUGGCGGGGCUACCUGGUAA